UUCAUUCAGUGUUAAGAUGGCAGCCUCCGCCGUAAAGAGGUUAGCCGCAUUGCGUUCCGGUACGGCUCGGCCUAUUGCGUUUAUCAGAAAAAUUCCUUGGACCGCGGCAACGAGUGAGCUCAGAGAACAUUUUGCACAGUUUGGCCAUGUAAGAAGGUGCUCUGUGCCUUUUGACAAAGAGACUGGCUUUCACAGAGGCAUGGGUUGGGUUCAGUUUUCUUCACAGGAAGAACUUCAGAACGCAUUACAACAAGAACAUCAUAUUAUUGAUGGAGUAAAAGUCCAUGUUCAAGCUCAAAGAGCAAAGAUUUUGCAUGGAGCUCAAACAUCUGAUGAAGAAAAAGAUUUCUGAGACGACCAGUGUACUGUCCAUUAAAUAAACAGAACUGAAACUUAAAAA